AUGAGCGAAGGUGGAAGAGGACUUAUUCCGGAACUACCUCAAAGGCUUGAGAACGCACUCCUACCACAAGGUCCCGGAACCCAGCCGAGUGCAGUCCUACCACAAGGUCCUGGAAUUCAAUCGAGUGCUGAAGUACCACAGCCUCAAGGUGGGUCUCUAUGGCACGAAGGCUUAAGAAGACUAGGGGCUGAGCGAUAUUUACCACAACAGGAUCCAUCAUCACCAGAGCCACAAAGCUUUCUCAGGUCCAUACUACCGAGGGCGAGAUCGACAUCCCCACCACCUGGAGGAACGGCUCAACAAGGGCAGGCUGAGUCUCCAGUUGUCGAAGAGCUUCAAGCACAGGCGAUGCAGAAGGGAUCCUCUUCUUCGACUUCCGACAACCUGAAGGCGGGCAGCAACACCCUGGCCCCUUUGCCAGAUCACAAGGGAGGAGCAGAGGCUUCGCUUCGGUUUCAAGACUGGAUGGAGAUCACGGCUACAACGAUGACGGAUAUUUCCGAGAAGUCAGGGCAGUGGUGGAAGGCAGUCACGUUGAUUGUUGAGGCAGCCUACGCGAGGUGGUUAGCGGCAUCUCACAUGGAGCGACUUGCGGUGCAACCGGAAGGAAUGGAGCAGUUGUGCCAGCAUGAGUGGGCGAGAAUCAACGCGAGAGCAUGCAGCAUGCUGGUGGCAGCAAUGGGUCCGGAACUCAAGGCCGACAUGAUUGCCCAACGGAUCACUCAGUAUGCCCCGGCUUUGGUCUUCAGGCUAUACACAUGGUAUCAGCCUGGGGGUUCGGCAGAGCGCCAGGAGAUCUUGCGCCGACUUCAGUCUCCGUUUGAGAAUGUGAAUGUGGACGCGAUCGAGGCUGUCCUGGCGGAGGUGAGGUCAUGGCCAAGGUGGCUGGCGCGAUGCCAAUCAAUCGGCAUGCUCCCGCCGGACCCCUCUGUUAUGUCAAAGGGGUUGCAGGCACUUACGACGAAGCAGAUAAGCAGCUCGGCUGAUGCGACCUUCCGAACAUCAAUGCUUCGAAGUACCUUGAGGCUGGAUUGCCAGCCAACUCUCGAGCAGGUGAAGGGAUAUCAAAGACACUUGCAAGCGGAGCUUGAAAGUUUGGCCGGAGCUCAGCAAGCAUCGAGCUCAGGGGGAACUCCAUCGCUGAGGGCUGCGGAGGUGUCAACGACUUCUACGUCCCCCAAGUCCCAGAAGACAAAGGAGAAGAGCCAGGAGUUGUGCAGGUACUUCGCCCGCGCAAACGGGUGCAAGAGGGGGGACAAGUGCGUCUACUCUCACUCCAUGCAAGGGAUGGAGCGGGACCAAAGGGCAAACCACCACAACGACCUGGAGCACCCAAUGGAGGUGAUCCAAAAUCAAGCGCCAGGAGAAGGUGAUUCAUCUCCGGAGAAGACGAAGGCAGAGGUCCGGACCAUCACGGUUAAGGACAUACGGAUUUCUUCGGUGGAUCAAAGGUCGACCGCCCUCCUGGACAGUGGAGCUACCCACAGCCUACGAUCGGCCUACAACGAGAGUGAGUGGAAGGCGGCCGAAGAGGUGGAUGUUCACUUAGCCGGAGGUGGUUCACUGAGGAUGAGAUUGUCAAAGGCAGGUUCGUUACUGAUGCCACCAAGGACAACUUCACCAACGUCAUCGACUACAGCGACAGUGGGUGGCCAGACGAUUGUGCCACUCGGCGAGCUGGUGAAGGUUCUGGGCUACUCUCUGGAAUGGUCACCCAAGGGAUGCUUCUUGAAGGACGGUGACGGCAAUGCAAGGUCUUUGGGAGUUUCCAAUGGUUGCCCCCAUCUCAAGGAGGCCGAGGCGUUGGCGCUGAUUGCGCGACUGGAGGACCGGAAGAUGGAGAUGUUGGAGAACGCGACUGCCUUGACUCAGGACUCCCUGGAUAAAUCCCUACUGGUGAUGGAAUCAUCGUGGAAGGAGCAGCUCUACAAGUAUGUCGGUGAGGGGAACAUGCAGGCAGGACUACGUGCGGUCCGAGAUGCCCCGUUCUUAGCCGAGUUGCCGGGAGAGUGUGUUGAUGGUUUGGUCCAGGAUAGCAUGGGAGGCAAUGGAUGGGCUACGUUCAAGAAGAUUGAGUUUCUGUCCAGGUCCCAACGGCGGAGACUUUAUGGAGCCAAACGAUGGAUUAUCCACCUCUAUGCGGGCUCGCCUGGACAUCAUGAGGUUUUCCGUCUUGAUGAUGGUGGAACAGUUGUCUUGGAGCUGGAUGUACAGCGUUGCAAAGCCCAUGAUUUACUGAAGGACUCCACGUGGAAAAUGGUGUCAUGGGCGGCUAUGAAUGGACGGGUGGAGGCGAUCAUUGGAGGACCCCCAGGCCGUGGCGGUUUGUACCGAAGCUAUGCUGAUGAUGGAGCCUAUGAGGCAAAGGGUACCCAGCUGGUGGCAAGAAUGCUGUGGCUGUAUGCUAUGGCAGAUGCUGGAAGGAACCUGAAGGCCCAGGGGAUGGACAGAGGCCGACCAGUGGCCUUGAUGCUCGAACAUCCUACGGGAGCGUCGGAGGAGGAAAAGGGACAGAGGUUUUAUUCCAAGAAGUCGUUGUGGGAGCUGGCGAUGUGGAGGGACUUUGCAACCGAGUACGGGAUGUCGGAGGUGAAGUUUGAUCAGAAGGAAACGGGCCUGAAGACCUCCUUGAGAACUACGCUGGGAACCAACAUCUACUACCUCAUGGGCUUGGACGGUCUGGGAUUGGAGGAACAAGUGGUGACAACGGGUGAAGGAAACUCUACGUCGGAGUGGUCACCUGGAUUGGUCCGAGCAGUCGUGAUGUCCCUACGCUUCUGGAUACGACACCCACAACAAGCACCACGUUUGGCGGCCUUUACACCAGAGCAGUGGAAAAGGCACGUGGACUCCAAUCACAUGGACUAUAGGAGGGACUGCCUGACUUGCGUUAUGUCACGGGGAACCGGAAGACGGCAUGCUCGAGUUCAUCACCCGGAGAUGUUCGCGCUUACGAUCGACUUGGCAGGACCAGUGAAGCCAGGGCUGGAUGUUACGUCGAAGGGGACAAUGGGGAAGAGCUUGAAGUACAUGAUGGUCGCCCGCUAUGUCAUGCCUAAGGAGUACGUGAAGGCCUAUUCGUCAGUGGAGCCACCCCGGAACCACGGAAUGGACCAAGUUCAAGGGAAUGGGGAGGAGGACCAGGAACUUGCAGAACCUUCUCUACUACCACCACGUGACGAAGGGGGACGUGUAGAAAAUGAUAAAAGUGAGGACAAGGAACUUCCAGAACCUUCUCUACUACCACCACGUGACGAAGGGGAUCCGUUUAUAGUUUUAGAUGAACCAGGCGAAGGGAGUCCUCUAUGCGAUGUGCAAAACGAGUUGGACAGUGAUCGUCAAUGGGAUGAAGCUACAAGGUUCCUUGGUGGUACGGGGAAACAAAGGAAAGACUACGAAGACUCCAUGUACGAGUUCUCAGAUGGGGAGCCUGAUCCAGUCGCUGAUCAAGAUGAUGAAGGGAGUAGCGGAGGGCACCGGGAUCAACAUCCCGAUUGCGAAGCACCGGAGUCCACCUACUUGUUGUUCGCAAAGGCCCUACCAACGAACGGCUCGAGUGUGGUCAAGGCGGCGAUCCAGGACGUCGUCCUCUACCUACAGUCCCGCGGCCUACCUGUGUUUAGACUCCACGCUGACAGGGGGGAGACGUUCAAUCAUAGCGUGCGAGCUUGGCUACGAGACCAAGGAAUCCGGGCAACAUGGUCAGAACCGGGAAUACCUCAAGGAAACGGCCAGGCCGAGAGUACAGUGCGAUGGGUCAAGGAUAUGGCGAGGUCGUUGCUUAUAGGCUCCAAGCUACCAACGAGACUGUGGCCUACAGCGGUGGAGGCGGCUACAGCCCUUCAGAGGGCAAAGGUCUUGAGUUGGAAAAGUAAGUUGGUGGCACCUUAUGGGUCUGUUGUCCAUGUAAAGCAGAAGGCCUUUGAUUCUUCGGGACCAAGGAGGAGGGAAAGGGCUUUCGAGACGAAAUGGAUAAAGGGACAGUAUGUUGGUCUCAGUGGAUUGCUGGACAAUGGCCAUGUGGUGUUUGUGCCGGGCGACGGAGAUCGGAAGGAAAAGUUUGUCCACACCUUUCAUGUGCGACCGCGGCUUGUAGACCCAGGUGUUCCAGAGCAAGAGCUACAGAUCGAAGACCCCCCGAGGCCGAGAAGAAAGAUCCCGGUGAAGACUCCGAUCCACGGCGUUGAAAUGAAAGGACUACAGCUAUCGGAGGAGGAUCUCGUCAACUACAUACAAACGAGGUGUGACUGUCUUCUACAAGACUGGGACCAGGAGGAGGCGAUUCGGUUUGUGGACGAGCUCUCUGAGAAGGGGAUCUUUGAGGACAUCAAGUUCGGAGUCUUCAGGCAUGGAGGUUCAGUGGGCUGGCUGCGGGGCUUCGCUGAGUACCCUGGGCUGGCAAAGGUCUUGUCGCGCAUCAUCGUUCAUGUGAAUCCCGAGGCUACCUUUACAGCAAUAUGGGUGGCAAAGAACUCUGAGAGGGGGAUGCAUAAGGACUUCAACAACGACGAGGCGGCAGUUAACUACGUGAUGCCAGUCCGGAUGCCUUCAAAGGGAGGUGAGCUGUGGGUGGAGCUGGCAAAGGGUGAUGAGGUGAGGGGUGCAAUUCUACAGCGCCAAGACGAGAAGGGGAAGGCGUACUUUGGCCAGGUCCAUCAGCUUGUUGAAGGUCAGUGUCAUGUGUUCUCACCAAGACGGCGACAUGAAGUUCUACCAUGGGAGGGAACAAGAACGGUUGUUAUAGCCUACACCCCACAGGGAUUGGGGAAACUGACCAAUGACAUGAUACGCGAGUUGGAGGACCAUGGAUACCCACCACCAAUCACACAGUUCCCUGAGUACUUCCUGAAGGACCCAUCAUACAAUGCAAACAGCGUGAAUGUGUCCCAGGAGGAGUGUGAACUUAGCAAAGUCAAUGCGGUCAAGCAGGAGUUCUACGACAAGGUGGACCCUAUAGUGGACGAAGACGUUGACGAUUGGGAGAUGUACAUUGAGGCGGAGGAUGGCUACGUGAAGAUCGCGGAAACCGAGGAGGAGCGACAAUGCGGAUCAUCUCCACGAAUGAGGAAGGUAGAAGCGGGCUACACCAAGGGAGUGGAAGCUAUACUGGAGGACCUAAAGGCACCUCUCGAGGUUGUCUACAAUGUUGAUCCUCGUGAAGUACUCGCAAACCUAAGUGCUUGGGAACCCGCGAUCCGCAAGGAAGUUGAUGGUGUGGCUGUGGCAAUUCAGAGGUUGCUGCCAGGUACUACGGAGAGAAGAGCUUGGAUACAGAGACCAGCGGCUCAGCGGCUUCCUACAAAGAUGGUUUUCACAAUCAAGCCAGGCGAUGCUCCAGUCCCCAACGACAAAACCACUUGGUACAAACGUAAGGCACGUCUUGUCGUGUGUGGGAAUUUUGCUGCCGAUGACAACGCCGAAGUGUACACCGAAACCCCACCAACCGAGGCUAUACGAGCGGGGUUGGUGUUCUCUCAACAGAAGAAGUGGUCAGUGGCCUUGCUUGAUAUCGUUGCCGCCUUCCUACGUACACCCUUGAACCCAGAGGAGGGCGACCCGGUUAUUAUAGUGGCACCCCCGAAGCUCCUGGAGAGGCUACUUAUCACCAUUGAAGGUGAGCUGUGGGGCUUGGUAAGAGCCUUGUACGGCUUGCGCCAAGCGCCGGCCUUAUGGGCGACCCACCGAGAUAAAGUGCUGCGGAACAUGGAGUUUGGAGGUAACCUACGACUUCACCGGGGUCGAACGAUAACAGCAUGGUGGACAUUGAGAGACGACCGCGACACCAUCAAGGCAUUGGUCAUCAUCUACGUUGACGACAUUGUCCUAAUCGCACCGGAAGACGUGGUCAACCUACUGGCGAGGGAGAUCCAGAAGGUCUGGAAAACGUCGGAGUUGGGCAUCCUCAAUCAGGACCACGCGCUACGAGUAUUGGGGAUGGAGUUGGAAAUGGGUGAUGACAACGAGACCAUCUAUGUGAGCCAGAAGGGGUACAUCGAGGAAAUCCUGCGGUCCUACGGCAUCCCGGAUGGAGCUAAGGACAAGAUACCGCUGGGAAAGGAGAUGGCAAGCUUCGAAGCAACGGCGGACGACGUGGAGCCCGAUCAAAAGGCCGUGGCAGAUUCCCAGAAGAUUACUGGGGAACUUAUGUGGGUUAGUCAGAAAACAAGGCCCGACCUGAGCUACACGUGCAGCUUGAUGUCAGCGUUGACUUUGAGGGCACCGCACAGAUGCGUGGAGAUUGGAAGAAAGGUCCUGAGGUACCUCAAUGCCACUAAGGAGAUGAAGAUGGUGAUUAAGAAUAACGAGGAAGGCCUCACCCUCUACCCGGACGCGGCGUUUGCACCGUCCAGCAACAGGUCACAAACAGGAUGGGCAAUAUACUGGUGCGGAACUCCGCUGGCUUGGAGGAGCGGAAGGCAGGGGGCCAUAGCACUGAGCACAGCGGAAUCGGAGCUGCAGGCCAUUUUGGAUGGUGCAAUUGGGAUGAUGAGUAUCGAAGCUAUGCUGUGUGACAUUAAGGUCAACCCCUCUUCGAAGGCGAUAGCAAGUGACAGCACAAGUGCAUUGGCGAUUGGAGCAGGAACGGGAUCAUGGAUCAAAGACCUGCUGAAGUUGUGGUUGAUGCAUGAUGGAGCAACGGUGGAUAAGGGGUUGAUGGAAGUUUUCAUGACGAUGCUGAUGGUGCUGGGGGCGGUGGUCCUGUGGGAAGCUUCGAAGACUACAGAGAUUGCGGGAUGCAACCUCCAGGGCUAUAGAACAGGAGCUAGCGAGGAUUCAGGCCAGCGAGCAAUCGACUACCAUGUCUUCGAGGACGGCACCGUCAGGCCCGACGACCAGAACGGCACAUACGAACCAUGGCCAGGAGGAGCCUACACUUCCAUCAAGGCCAUUGGGAACCGCAUCAAGGGAACCAAGGACACCACCGAGACCUACGGCAAGAGCUUCGACGGACCUAUCCUGGGACUGGAUAAUGGAGGCCAGUUCGAAACCGAGAGGCUUUCAACAGAUGUUCUACAGCUAUUCACGGUGGAGUCUUUGAAGGAAGGGCUCCGACACGAGGGGAUGGCAGUUUCUGGCUUGAAGGUUGACUUAGCCAGGCGCCUGUCUUCAAAGCUGGUUACGAGGAUGUCUACGAGGUAUGGACCCACUCAGAGGCAGCUACGAUACAUUUUGUGGUUGUGGCGGCAUAGUGGAAUCUCUGCGCGUUAUGUUCUCAAAUGGGAGGACAUAAACGACAAGGUUCGUAUAUCGAACCUGAUCCAUGAGUGGAAAGACAAGUGA